GGGGUGGGGGGGUAUGGGGCGGUGGGAGGAUUUAGCGCCAGCAGCGUCUUUUAGCGUCCAACACAACAAGCUCAUUAAGGUCCUCCGCGCGCCUGGAAACGGAUUUACGCACCGAGCACAAGGAGGAGUUUGGAGGACUACUAGGAUGCUGAGUACUUUUCCUACCUGUCAGUGCUCUCCACCCUGCGCUCCAUGACCUGAGAGCGCCACCACAGCAGGAGGAAACAAGUACCAGAAAGAAGAAGAGGUAUAAAGAAGGUUCAGGAAGGAAGUUCACCUGUGGUUAUUCUUUUCCCUUUCUGAGAUGGCGGCGACUGAGGCCAGUGCUGCGCCAGUGGUCCAGGAAGAAGGAAAAACCCCUGAAAACAAGCCAGUUGAGGCCGAACAACCGGCAAAAACCGCAAACUCAGAGACUGUCAACAGUGAGGUUGUGGAUAAAGAUGGAACAGCCAUCAACACUGAGGUGGUGGAAAACAAAGAGACUGUGAGCAAUGACACAGCUGCAGCAGCGGUAGAGGAGGCCGGUGGUGAGGAGGACGGAGCAGCAGCAGGUGGGGAAGAAGCACCUCCACAGAGCUCAGAAAACACCACCACAGAGCCCAAGACCUCAUUCCUGGACUCCUUCCUCAACAAGAGUGGUCUGGGUAAGGUGAUGGCGGGGAGGAAGAAGAAGGACCACACCACAGCCACAGGAGGAGCAGAGGAGGCCACCACCGAAGGAGGCGAGAAGGAGGGAGACAAGGGAGUAGAGGAAGGAGUCCAAGCAGAGGGAGCAGCAGAGGGAGGUGCUGAGGGUGAGGCUGCAACAGACAAGCCUGCAGAGAAUGGAGAGAAGGAGGAGGAGAAGAAGGGCAAACCAGCAGAGACCAAACAUACAGUUCGUGAUCUUAUCCGAAAGCCUGUGGCAAGGAUCUUCUCCCAUCGCAGCACAGAGAAGAAGGAUGGUGGCGCAGGAGAACCCGAGAAAAAAGUCAAGGUUCGUUCUAGGUCCCUGGAUCGCCUAGAAGAUCCUGAAGCACUUAAUGCCACUACAGACUCCACCGUAGAGGAAGGAGGAGAAGCAGGAGGAACAGAGGGAGAACAGAAAGCCUCAUCCUCCUCGGCGUCUACAAAGCACAUGAAGCGUUGGCACUCCUUUAAGAAGCUCAUGGCUCAGAAAACGCACAAAAAGAGUGGUGGAGGUGAGGACUGGAAGGAGGAGGGAGCAGAGGGAGAAGGAGGAGGUGGAGAUUCCUCCACACUGGAUUCCAAGGAGUCCGGGCACAAGAGGUGGAAGCUAAAACGCUCCUGGACCUUCCAGGGUCUCAAGAGAGACUCAUCUGUGGUUGGCAUCAGCGGAAAGGCCAAGAGCUCAGACAAAGAGUCUGGUGACAAAACAGAGGAGGGAACAGGAGGAGGUGAAGGAGAAGAAAAAGAAGAGGCCAAGGCCGAGGCAGGACCUGAGGAGGCCAAGACAGAGGGAGGGGAGGACAAGGCUGAGGGAGGAGAGGAGGAGAAGGCAGCAGGAGGCGGAACAGUGACACAACACGCCAACGAGAUUUGGACCUCGUUCAAGAAGCGCGUCAUCCCCAAGAGCAAACGGGCCAACACGGAGUGUGCCCCAACAGGAGAAGAGGAUGCCAAUGCAGCCGCAGUCCCAGGUGAGGAAGCAAAUGCAGAUGAAGGCAAGGACUCCAAAUCAGCCAAGGCCAAACGUUCCCACUUCGGCCGGGCAGUUUCCCUGAAGAAUUUCAUCAUGCGAAAGGGCAAAUCCAGCAGCGUUGACCAGGGCGAGGGUGCCAAGGAGGAAGGGGAGGCUGCAGAGGGAGGCGAUGCUGCAGAGGAGGGUGGUGCUGAUGGUGAAGCUGAGGAAGUAACCAAGGAGACCAAUGACAAAGAGGCAGCAACUGAGGAGAAGACGGAACCUGAGGAGACCACAGCCAAGGAGGAGAAGGAGCCAGAGCAGACAGCGACAGAAGCACCGGGGACCAAUGGCGAAACCGGUUGCUCCAAUGGCGUGGCGGAGGAGAACGCUACGGAAAAUCACCACGAGGAGGACAAGGAGCAGCCAACGGAAAGCAGCCCUGUGAAGAAAAGCAAGGAAUCUGGAGGGGUGAAAGAUGAUGCCAACGCCAAGAUCAUCAACGCCACAGCGGCCGUGAACAGCGACAAAAAGGCGGGAAACGUGUGAGGCCAAACAAAGAGGAUUAAAACUGCCCGGGAUUCGCUGAGCAAGGAGCUCUGAGCCCCACCCCCAACUCCUCCUCCUCCUCUUCCUCCUCUCUCCCUUCAUCCCUCCUACUUCCUCUUGAGUAAUCGGUGUAAUCACAUUUAAACAGAUCACCACGGUGAGAAAGAGAUGGUCGGAGCGAAUGAGAGGGUUGUAAUUCAUGUAGAUGAGAAGUAGAAAAAAAUUCUUACUCAGAAAGCAAUAAUCCCCCCCCAUCCCAGUCAUCCCUUCAUCCCUCCAUCUCCCUUCGUCCAGGUCAUGCAAACAAAAGUGCAUCCAGUUGUUUUUGUUUUGUUUUUUUAAGUUUUUCCUUGCUUGUCUGUGAGAUUUUAUAUUGUCUAUGAGAGAAAAGAAAACGCAGAAAUGUAAAAAAAUACAAAGUGAGACAUUCCUUCCCCUGUAGCUUCCCCCUUCAUCUCCUGUCCAGUUACUUAGCCUAUGUUCACUUCAGAAAGGAGGGUUUAAAUGUAAAGGAAAAAA